AUGAUCAACAGGCUUGUAACCGUCGAAGGAGUGGAGCAAUUCUCAGCUUUGUUGUACAAUGGGGACAAGGCCGCGCUGCAGGUCGCUACCGAGUUCGGAUGGAUGGGAAUGGCUAGUGCGAUGGGGCCGGUGCUGAUGCAAAAUGUAAUGCAGCAAUCCUCCUCUCAGUAUUCUAUCUUCUUUGUCUCCCAAGCCCUGCGUCAUUUGGUCGACUCCCACCUUGGGCCAGAGGAUCUUGUGGCACUUGAGGUGUUUCUGAGUUCGGUGAUUGUACAGCGGCACGCGUCCCUAAGCUCCCUCAGCGUAGAUGCUUUGACUCGUCUGUUGUGUGCAGUGGUGAAGCAAGGUUUCUGCGAUGCUCCCGAGCUUCAGGGAUUCCCUGCCAAGGUGACGGCAGCGUUGGUGGCGGAAUCGGGCGACUUUUCCGACGAGCACAUUUCCUUGUCGUGCUCCAUUCUUGUCUGCCUAAUUGACGAGAUGGAGAAUGCGGGAAAUGUGGUGCGGAGCAUUGCUACUCACAAGCGAGUGAUCACUAGUUUCCGCAAUGAUUGUCUCUUACUUGUGUUUCGAGCUGCGUCACACUGCCUCCAGCGGCUUCAUCGCACACAUGAUAGAGCCAAUUACAGUGUCGUAUUGUUGAUACAGAGAGUCCUCCAGUUCGACUUCGCCUGCUCCAUGGAUGAAGCAACAGAGGAUGUGAUGACGCGGGAAUAUCCCCAGGAGUGGGCCAACGAUCUUAUUGAUCAGGGGUUGUUUUCGCGGCUGUGGGAGUUAUACAGCGCCACAGGAAGCGACCCUCAAUUCUACAGGGCCGUCUUGGAAACUUUGACACCACUUGUUUCGCUGAAGCCGUCACUGUACCUCUCUCAAGAGCAACACACCGGGUGGAUGGUGUCAAUACUUUCAGCCACGCUGUCGAUCAUGGAGUCCCGUCUUCAUUUGGAAGAGGCAUCAGUUUUGCGUGGUUUCUGUCGAUUGCUAAAUCGUGUGAAACCGAAUUUUACCAUUGAGGAGUUACGAAAGGCUCCGUGCUAUGAGCGGUGGGUUCGGGAGGUCGCCGAAUUCACCAAGUUGUGCUUCCACAACUGGCGCCACGCCCGCCAGGCGUUUCUCUCACUGACAUCCAUUUGGGCCAAGCUAGUUGGCUCCCAAUCGUACUGCAAAAAUGGACAUACACUCUUUGAAGUGCUCGCACCCGAUGUCUGCAUCUCGUACAUACUGUCGAACCAAGAGCAGGCGGUGCGCUUCGUUAUGGAAGGGGAGACGGCUUGGUUUGAGGAGUACAUUCUUGACAUCGAUGCCGAAGCGGUGUCAAUGGAAUUUGACUUUGCGUCGCAGCUUCUACGCUUCUGUGGUGAGAAGGCGGAAGAAUACCUUCUCCAAGAGGUUUGCUCGUCGCUCGCUCUACUUGAAGCACCGGAAGCUAUGACGGCAUCUCAGCUGUCGUGUAUGUGCGAGAGAUUGGCAUGCAUUGUAAGAUUUGCCGGUUCAUGGCUCAGCGCAUACCGCUACAGUCGCAACGCGCGGACACUGGACUCUGCUGUGUUGCGCGCCUGCGUUGACGUUGUCCAGCGGAGUUGCCAAUUUUCAUUCACGCGCUCCGUGCCGCAAGCUAUCUGCCGCCACUUUCACAAGUCCCUUCUCACGUUCCUACGUGUUGCGUGGCAAAUUAUUUUGUUGGAUAGAGUAGACGAGGCGAGGAAACUGCGAGAGUCUAUCCGGAUAUCUCUUUCCCUGGCCAAUCAAGAUGCACUUGGGCAAUUUCUACUGCGUCUUGUUGUGGACGAGGUCAUGGAGUGUGUUCACUGUUGCACCGAUGAUGCGGCGAUUGAGGCACUUGGUCUCCUGAGUGAGAUGGCACAGUCACCUUCGACAGCUGCUUUUUUAAAGGCAUUGCCACAAUUUGAUGAUCGUUUAGUGCUUGACGUUGGAAAGGUGAGGGCGUCUGAGGACAUUGCCGUAUUCUAUCGAGUACGGUAUCAUCUUUCACGAAUCCGGGCUCAGGUUCACUUCAUGUGUUCUGGUUCGGAAUCCUCAUGGAGUGAUCGCGUACUACCCCUGGUUGGGGAGCUGCAGAAAAAUCUGAAGGAAGGCAUGAUCCCUGUUGAUAUCCGUUGUGACCCCCUUACAGCUGUUGUCUGUUCUUGGCGGGGUGUCUUCCACGCAUGUGUGGGACAGAACGAGUACAAGGUAUUGCUUCGGCACAUCUCUCCUAGUCUACCUCUCCUGACGCAAGAGCUUCAAAGACGGUCAGGUACUGUGUGCGGCGUCCAGAUAUUACGCCUGAUUCACGAAAUCACUGAAAACCGCUACCGUCGUGUAAACUUUGGUCCUAACGGUGUGGAGGGUUACCAUCUUUUUCGUUACGUCUGUGGCUCUAUGGAUGCGGCAGUGCAUUUAGUUAUGGGGGCAUUGGAGUCUGGUGACUUGCGACUCGAGGAAUGGGGUAUCAAAUGUCUUCGAAUUAUGCUUCGUACAGGCCGCAAUAUUCUUACUGGUGGCUACUGCAACUUGGGAGUGCUCCGUCUCUACGAAGACCCAGCGCUGAUGACAUGCUUGGCAUCCCUCUGGCAAGCUAUAAUGGUGGUGGAUCGCACCCGUCUGUGCCAUUAUGAGAAACUGGCCCAAGCCUACCUCACGCUCCUGGGUGAUCUCUUUAAAGAUUUUCAUUUAUGGUUUCUUAGUGAGGUACCGACAACCAAUCUUCUUCACAUCAUUCAACUACUGGAGUCUUCUCUUGGAUAUUACAUCUCAAAUGCGAUUCCUCUUGUUUCACUUACCGUUGAAGCCCUGGGAGCGUUUACGAGUAUAUUGUGUCACACAGAGGGUGAAGACGCAAGAUGCUGUGAGCUCAUUCGCGCCUCCCUUCUUCAAGGUGACCAGGGAAUUAUCUCCCGUCUGCUACGAUUGAUGCUCGACGUCAUCGUGUCGAAGAAGUGCUCAUCGUCCGUGACUGAAACCCCCUUGCGAAACUUGAUAGCACUGGAUGAGAACUCCUUUGCGCAGUUGGCAACCGUGUUUGCCGGCUUUGCAGCGGUAACGGGGAAGGAAGCUGAGGUCAGAGCUGCUUUUGCGCUCUUGGCGUCAAGUGCUGGAGAUUUUGUUCAUAAGGGCAACAACAACUUGUUUGCAAAGGAGUUUCAAUACUUUUCCACGAUCAUAACAAGCUGUCUUUGUUGA